AUGCAUUAUGGAGAAUGGAAAAAAAUAUUAGGUGAAAUAAACUCUGCUCUUAAUUUAAGUAAAUCUAAUACAGAUAAAGUAAACUCUGCUCAAAAUUUAAAUGUAAUUGAUAAAAUAAAAGAGAAAUUAGCAGUAGAACAUCCAUAUAUAUAUGAAGAGUGGGAAGAAGAAAAAUUUGAUAUCAAACAUUUGUUUUUAUUGCAAGUUAGACAUGCUAUGUGUUAUAAAUGCACAUUAUUGCAUAUUGCUGCUCACUGUAAUCUAGAAAAUAUGGUAAAUGCUCUAUUAGCAAAAGGUGCGGAUGUUGAUGCUGAAGAUGAAGAUAAAAAAAGCCCUUUAUAUUGUGCUGCUGAGAGUGGUAAUGUGAAUAUAGUAAACACUCUAUUAAAAAACAGUUCAAAUGCUAAUAUUACAAAUCAAGUUGGAGCAACCCCUUUACAUUGUGCUGCUUUUUUUGGUUAUGUAGAUAUAGUAGAUGCUCUGUUAAAAAGUGGUGCAGAUGUUAAUGCUAACGAUGAAGAUGGAAAAACCCCUUUACAUUACGCUACUGAAAGUGGCCAUGCGAAUGUAGUAAAAGUUCUAUUGAAGCACGGUUCAAAUGCUAAUGCUAAAAGUCAAGGUGGAGCAACAUCUUUACAUUAUGCUGCUUUAUUUGGUUAUGUAAACAUAGUAAACGCUUUAUUAGCAAAAGGUGCUAAGGUUUGUGUUAUAGAUUGCGGUGGAAAAACUCCUUUAUAUUGGGCUGCUUUAUGUGGUGAUAUGGAUGUAAUUGAUGCUCUGUUAGCAGCAGGUGCAAAUAUUAAUGUUACAGAUUUUGAUGGAAAAACGCUUCUACAUUGGGCUGCUGAAGGUAAUGAUAUAGAAAUGGCAAAGAUGCUAUUAGCGAGAGGUAUAGAUGUUAAUAUAGUAGAUAAUGAACAUGGAGGUACUGCUUUACAUUGGGCUGCUGGAAGUGGUCAUAUAGGAGUACUAAAGAUUCUGUUGGCAGCAAAAGACAUGGAUAUCCAUGUUAUAGAUCAUUAUGGAAAUACUCCUUUAUAUUGGGCUGUUUUAUGUGGUUAUACGGAUGUAAUCGAUGCUUUAUUAGUAGAAGGUGCAAAUAUUAAUGUUACAGAUUUUGAUGGAAGAACUCUUUUACAUUGGGCUGUUGAAGAUAAUGAUAUAAAUGUAGUAAGGGUUCUAUUAGCAAGAGAUAUAGAUGUUAAGAUAGUAGAUAAUGAACAUGGAGGUACUGCUUUACAUUGGGCUGCUAGGAGUGGUUAUUUAGAAGUACUAAAGACUCUAUUAACAGUAAAAGGUGUAGAUGUUAAUAUUGUAGAUAGAUAUGGAGGUACUGCUUUACACCUAGCUGCUUCGUACGAUUAUGUGGAGAUAGUAAAGGCUCUAUUAGCAGCAGGUGCAGAUAUUAAUAUAAUAGAUGGUAGACAUGGAGGUGCUGCUUUACAUUGGGCUGCUGGAAGUGAUCGUUCAAGGGUAGCAAAGAUUCUAUUAGCAAUAGAAGGCAUAAAUGUUAAUAUUGUAGAUAAAUAUGGAGAUACUGCUUUACAUCGAGCUGCUGAACAUGGUAAUGCAGAGUUAGUAAAGGCUUUAUUAGAAAAAGGUGCAGAGGUUGAUGCUAUAGGUCACGAUGGAACUUCUUUACAUUAUGCUGUUUUGUAUAAUUGCAUAGAUGUAAUAAAAGUUUUAUUAGCAGCAGGUGCAGAUAUUUCGUUAAGGAAUAGAGGUGGUCAAGCUCCUAUAGGCUUGUCUGCAGGUUGUAUAAAGCAGCUUUUGAAAGAUGCAGUAAAUGAGCUGUAUAGGAUGAGAAAUCAGACAAUUGGUAGCACUGGUAUAUCAUUUUAUGAAUUUUUACAAGCAGAUAAGGUUAAGUUAGCAAGCUACACAUACAAUGAUAAGUUGUAUGAAAAAUUAAAAGAAGGUCGAUAUAAAAAGGCUUAUCCUAUAUACACUUCAAUGAUAGAGGAUCAAUAUAAGAUUAUAGAGAGAAAACAUCUAGAGAAAAAAGCUCUCAAACCACUUGGAUGUUUUGGUACAUUUGAUGAACAUCGACAAGUGAAAGAGACCUGGGAAGUGUUAAAUGAACAUGUCUGUGAGUCAAUCAUUACUUAUCUUACAAAUACUGAUUUAGAGAACGUUAUAAACUCACAAAGAGAGAAGAAAAUUAGUUUUCUAAGUAGGUUAAGUAAAUGGUUUGGAUAA